GCACGAGGGUGAUUUGAAGAUGUCCACAACCCUUGCGGUUCCCACAAUGCAUACGCUGCAAAUCGGGACAAAUGGGGAGCGGUCCCGUACCCCGUCUCCGCCGAGUUCUCCCGGGCUCCACAGCGACAGCUGCAGCAUUGCGCCCCUCACCCCAUCUCAGUCACCGAGGAGUGAGAUCCGGAGGCGAGAGGCGGCUCCCUUCGGCGUGGUGGUGGCCAUCGACUUCGGGACCACGUCCAGCGGCUACGCCUUCAGCUUCGUCAGCGACCCAGAGACUCUGCACAUGAUGAGGAAAUGGGAAGGAGGAGACCCCGGAGUGGCCCACCAGAAGACCCCCACCAGCCUUCUCUUGACGCCGGAAGGUGCCUUCCACAGCUUUGGCUACACGGCCCGGGACUAUUACCACGACCUGGACCCGGAGGAAGCCCGCGACUGGCUCUACUUUGAGAAGUUCAAAAUGAAGAUCCACAGUUCCCGGGAUUUGAGCAUGAAGACCGAACUGGGGGCCGUGAACGGGAAGAAGGUGCCGGCCUUGGAGGUCUUUGCCCACGCCCUCCGCUUCUUCAGGCAGCAGGCCGUGCAGGAGCUGAAGGACCAGUGCCCGGCCUUGCCGGUGGCCGAUGCCAUCCGGUGGGUGAUCACGGUGCCCGCCAUCUGGAAGCAGCCGGCCAAGCAGUUCAUGAGGGAAGCGGCCUACUCGGGAACCCGGGAGCAGCUCCGCCGGUCCAGGCACAGCCGGACUUUCCUGAUGGAGUCUGGGGUGGGCGAACUGUGGUCGGAAAUGCAGACAGGAGGUCCCUACGGGGCUGUCGGGGUGGACCUGGCCUUCGAGAAGCUGCUCUGCCAGAUAUUUGGGGAAGACUUCAUCGCCACCUUCAAGGCCAAGCGCCCGGCGGCCUGGGUUGACCUGACCAUCGCUUUCGAGGCCCGGAAGCGGACGGCCGCCCCCCACCGGGCCAACCCGCUCAACAUCUCCCUCCCCUUCUCCUUCAUCGACUUCUACCGCAAGCACCGAGGGCAGAACGUGGAGACCGCCCUGAAACGCAGCAGCAUGCACUUGGUGAAGUGGUCCUCUCAAGGGAUGCUGCGCAUGUCUCCCGAGGCCAUGAACGAUCUCUUCCAGCCCACCGUCAGCCAGAUCAUCCGGCACAUUGACGACCUCAUGAAGAAGCCCGAAGUGAAAGGCAUCAAGUUCCUCUUCCUGGUGGGCGGAUUCGCCGAGUCAGCCAUUUUGCAGCACGCCGUCCAGUCCUCCUUCAGCAGCUCCUGCCGGGUCAUCAUCCCUCAGGACGUGGGCCUGACCAUCCUGAAAGGGGCGGUGCUCUUCGGCCUCGACCCCACCAUCGUCCGGGUGAGGCGCUCGCCCUUGACCUAUGGCGUGGGGGUCCUGAACAAGUUUGUGGAGGGGAAACACCCCAAGGAGAAGCUGAUGGUCAAGGACGGGAAGAACUGGUGCACCGACGUCUUUGAGAAGUUCGUCUCGGUGGACCAGUCGGUGGCCUUGGGCGAAGUGGUGCAGAGGAGCUACUGCCCAGCCCGGGUAGGUCAACGCAAGAUCAUCAUCAACAUCUACUGCUGCGCCACCGACGAGGCCGUCUACAUCACCGAUCCGGGGGUGAGGAAGUGUGGAACCAUCAGUCUAGAAUUGGAGGAACUGGACGAGUCCAACUCGCCCAAGAAAAACCGGCGGGAGAUACGGGCCAGCAUGCAGUUUGGCGAUACGGAGAUCAAGGUGGCAGCCAUGGACGUGUGGACCUCCAAGACCGUGCGGGCGUCCAUCGACUUCCUCUCCAACUGA